AUGUCCUUCUUUGACAAUCGCUACUAUUAUCUUAACAAAAGGUUUCUGGUCCUAAUCGGCCAAUGGCCAUUUCAGUCGCGACUGGAGAGUAACAUGAUGUUCGCAAUAACAUCUUUGUUCAUUUAUAGUUUGAUAGGCUUUGAGAUGUGGGGCUUAGCAGCUGGAAUAACAGAUCUAAGCAUCAUUAUGGAAAAUGUUUCGCAGUUACUGGUGGAGAGUGUCAUCGUUAUAAAGCUCGUCACUUGUGUAUUCACUAAUAACAAAACUUGGGGCUUAGUAGCUGGGAUAACGGAUCUGAACAUCAUCAUGGAAAACGCUUCGCCUUUACUAGUGGAUUGUUUCAUGAUGCUAAAGCUCAUGAAUUGUGUGUUAACUAAUAACAAAAUUAAAGAGCUUCUAAAGGACGUUGAAGAAACGUGGAAGAUAAAACCUACGGGCCCGGAGAAAGAGAUAUUACAGCAUCAUGCAGAAAAAAGCAAAAUCUUCGCCAUACGAUACGCGAUUCAUGUGCCAAUAGCUCUCGACACAAUGUAUACACUUUGCAUCCAACAUAUCUGUGCGUUGUUUGAAUGCUUACGUUACAGCUGCAAUUGGUAUAAGAUUUCAAUGAGAUCGAAAGAUCUUUUGAGAUUUACAUUAUUACGUGCUACUAAGUCGUGCCAAAUAAAAGCUGGUAAGCUGUUCAUAAUGUCGAUGGAAAAUUUUAGUUCGAUGUGGGGCUUAGCAGCUGGAAUAACAGAUCUAAGCAUCAUUAUGGAAAAUGUUUCGCAGUUACUGGUGGAGAGUGUCAUCGUUAUAAAGCUCGUCACUUGUGUAUUCACUAAUAACAAACUACAGAUGAAAGAACUUUUGGAGGACAUCGAAGAGACAUGGAAGAUAAAACAUACAAAUUCGGAGAAAAAAAUAUUACAGCAUUACGCAGAGAAAAGCAGAACUUUCACGAUACGAUACGCGAUUAUAUUGCAAAUGGAGAUGCGUGAACAGCCGAUCGAGUGUAUCACUGAUGUGACAAAGAGGUGCCUAUUCACAUGGGCGAAUUUUCCAUGGCAUAUUGACGGAUCUGUUAUUCACAGUUAA